AUGGCGUCGGUUUGUGCCCAGUCACGUUAUCGCAUUACUAGUUUGGAAUCCAUGUGGCUAUGCAGGGGGUGAAUUUUCAAAAACUACUUGCGAGGUAGGGAUCGUGGCCUUGUUGAAUUCAAGUCGGAAAAUGUACGGUGGCUCGGACCGACGAGACGCGUCGUUACAAUCACAGUCACAUCGCUUUCUUGUUUUCUAACGAUGAUGAUGCCCUCAGUGGCAUCCAUACCAGGGCCAAGCAGUAUAGGGACAUCCUCAGCACGCAAACGAUCCAGUACAGAGAGUCUGGGUGUUAUACGACCAGAGAAACGACCACGAACAGGCACGGCUGGCGAAAAGAAGAAGCGGCGGCGUAAGAAAAAGAAGAAAAGUAUUGUUGAUAACGCGCUGGCAUCGACGUCUGUUAAAGCGGCAAAUACAAUGAAUGUUGACGCUAACGCCCAGGAAAGCAGCGACGCUACUCUUGCGUCAGUCUCAUCAGAGAGUGAUGCUCCUAAAGAGCCCGCCGCAGCACCAGUUGACAUGAAAGGUAAAGUCAAGGCGAAAUCGUUACACGAGUCUCCCGAAGACACCAUAAUUCGUCUAAAGGAGGAACUUCAGGCAAAGUCACAGCUCCUGAAGAAGCACAACGAUGUCUUGCGUCAAGUCCAGCAGACCAUGACCUGCCAAGUAUGUUUAGACUUGCUCCGCAAACCCUACGCUCUUUCUCCCUGCGGUCACGUCGCCUGUCAAGACUGCCUCUUGCAAUGGUUUACAAAUCCCGCCGUAGAUGUCGGAGCGCUUCUUGCCCAUAAGCCCAAGACGUGUCCUCAUUGUCGUACUGUCAUUACGAAGCGACCCAUCGAAAUAUGGACGAUCAAAAGCACCGUCACCGGUCUUCUCAAAUCAGGUCUGCUUUCCGAUAUCCAGGAUCACCCUCAGUCAGAAACGACUGUCGAGGGUGACCCGUGGAAAGGUACUUUUGGCACUCGUUUGCAACAGGACGACCAGGAUUUGGACAUGUUAGGGAUAUUUGACGAGGAAGAUGGUGUACGCCGUUGUCGCCAUUGCAUGCACGAGAUUUGGGCUGGAGUUUGCUCGAAUUGUGAUCGCUUUUACCCUGGCAGUCAGGAUGCACCACGUGGAAGGGACUCAAUGCCCAGCGGUUUGUGGAAUCCUCCCAAUUUCCGCCAUCACCCUGGGAAUGUCUUCGGUUUGGAUGUAGAGAUGAGCGACGAGGAAGACUACGACGGAAGUUUCCUUGAUGGCAGUGUUGGCAGCUUCAUUGAUGAUGACCAGGUUAUUGAAGUCCAUGAUUCGGAUUCAGAGGGCGACAGAAGAAGUGUCUCCUCUUGGCGAGAGGGGUCCUAUUCUGAGACGCAUAGCAGUCCAUCAGAAGUGCUGGAGCUCUCACUGGCGUCUUCGCCUCCUCGCUCAAGCGUAUAUCCGUCUCUGCGGAACCUUUCGCCUCAUUCAAGUUCCUCCUCGAGCUCCCACCAUGAUACCUGGGAUGCUACGCGUACGAAUUCUGUAAAUGGAGAAGACAGCACUUUCGAAGAAGAAGAUGGGGGCAAUCCUAGACCUUCUGUUAUGUAUCGUCCGAGCAUCAGGCCGAUCGUUAUUGAUGAUGACGACGACGAUGAUGAAGAGGUUGCAGUAUUAUACCGAAGUGAAACAGGUGGGGAUGAAGACGGGGAUAUCCCAAUUCCUAUGACUUAUCGAGGUCGUAUUGGGAACAGACUUCGUGCUAUGUCUGAUGAUGAAGACGAUGACGACGUUCACCCUGCAUCUGCCUAUUCGAACUUCACUGACGAAGGCUACGAUGUCUAUCAACAUCUGGCAUACGACGAGGAUGGAUAUGCCGAACCAGAAGAUGCCAGCGAUGGGGAGGCGCUUGGAUAUUAUGCAGAUGAAGUAUAUGGAUAUUCGGAUAGUGAUCGUGACUAUGGGUAUGAUGAUGAAGAUGAUGGUUCUGUUCCAGGGCCCCCGUCACAUCUUCGUGAUUAUCUGGCUCAGAGUGAUGAGGAAGAUGAGGAUGACCUGUACUAUUAAGGAUCAAGGACUUCGUUUCGCAUCGGUAUACGUCGAUUUAAGUAAAUAUGUACCAUGGACAGAUUUCCUUUGCAUCUUGGAAAUGCCAAGUAAUAAUAAUAAUGUCGUCUAAUCUUAUAUAUGUAUAUUAUGCUAUUACUGACAUACUGACUCCCUC